UCAGUUGCUCGCGAACGUUGGACUUGGUUGGUCGUGUUGGUUGCUACCAGAAGGAAGCCUUCCUUCUAAGUUUUUUGUUACCAGUACCAUUUUUCAAAAAUCGUUCUCAGUUGUUUUCACCCCUCUCGCUCGAGCAUUUCUUGAAACCGACGUCCAUUUUUGUUCUACGUAAUCAAAAAAACAAAAAGAAAAAUGCCUAUUGUUCAAAUGCCUUACGGAUUCCAUGCCGCCGUUGGUGGCCAUUCUGCCUCAUCACACAUGGCCGUGCGUGGGCAAGUCUCACCUGUACGACGCCGCCUCUUCGUCUCAGAUGGCGAAGAAGACUCUCAAGAUUUGGACAACCGGCUGACAGUUGAACGACAAUUGGCCGACAUUCAACGCGAGCAGACGCGCCAGUGGAACUUUGAUUUCGCGAACGGCGUGCCCCUGCGAGGACGUUACGUGUGGCAGCCGACGACGAUGACGCUCCCAGAUCGUCCAUCUCACCCCCUACCGCCCCCGGCGGGUAUCAAACGCCCGAUCGAUAAUCAAGUCGAUUCUGCUGCUCCUCUCUACAAACAGAUGAAGACCGAUUCGCACAACGUUUACGAUUCCAUCAACAACAAUCAUCGCUCCGUCAACCAGACGAAAAUCACAGAUUUCAUGAAGAAUCAAAAGCUUAACGAUUCGAAACGCCGCGAUGCUGGAUCACUGCCGUCUUCCAGCAACGAACUGAGCCACUAAAAGUUCGUUUGCAAAUCUUUUCCUCGCUUGAAAUGAAAAAUGGGAUCAGCGGUGGAGAAGAACCGUUUCCAUAAUGCAUUGGGAGGGUUGCAAUCAACGAUGUAGACACACUGGAUUCGCUUUGUUCCAGCAACUCUUGUUGGCUGAAAAGUAGCUUUAAGAAUGACACUUGCUAUUGAACGCUGUCACUCUUUUUAACUUCCAUCAAAUUUUCUUCGCAAUCCUGCACUUCUUUCACAUUUUAAAAGCGUCGCAAUGACGUAUUGCACUCUAGUCUUUGCCCUUUAUCUAUUUCGGGGCAAUCAUUGAUUUUCUUAUCUUUUUUUUUUUUUUUAACUUUUAAUUUCCCCUCGGUCCCUACUUUAAUUUUUUUGGCGCGUCUGCAUUUUCCGUGUGAAUGAUCUCAAAAACCGAAUCUUUAAAGAAAAAAAUAGGAAUUUGAUCGGCAAUUGCAAUCAAAAAUGUCAUCCAUCGGCAAAUGCAAUAUUGUGUGUGUGUGUGUGUGUCCCAGUGUGUAAGGCGUAUUAUUAUUUUUAAUUCCUUGGCCUCUCAAAAAAAAAAUCCUAAAGUCCCGUUCUUACCCCACAUAGUUCUCUAUAUUCAAAAAAUAAUUUUUAUAGAGACCUUCUAUCUUCUUAUAUACAUAAUAUAUAUGAUAAUGUAUUUAAGAACACAACCAGAUCCCCUAUUUCUUUUUUUUUUUUUUCGUCUCAAAUUUCGUCGUUGAUGUAUUUAUGAAGCCCGUCUUAAAUGGAAAAUUAAUAAAACUAGCAAUUGUAA